UUCUUGCUGUGACGAAGAUUAUCAUGUAUAUUAUAUUUGCCUUAAUUAAAAAAUUCUAAGUGUGGUUACCUACUCCAUUUCCCUUGUAUUUGUGAGAUUAAUCAAGCAAAGUAAGCGAGAGAUCGGCUCAUCCAAGCUUAGGCAGAAAGAGAGAAAUUAACAAUAACAAAGACAACUCAUGAGGCAAGUAACGCACGCAGCAUACGAGUUGACAGAAACAACCCCAACUCUUCUGAAGAAAUGUUAAUUAAGAGAGAAAGAGACAAGUAUGACUGCUAUCAAAAAGCCUAUAGUCUAGAAAGGUAGAUAGCUAGAGAGAGAGAGAGAGAGAGAGAGAGAGAGAGAUCGAAGGGGAGGCAGGGAAUGGAUGUGAGGAAAAUAGUGGUGGUAGUAGAAGACGUAGACGCAGCAAGAACAGCCCUUAAAUGGGCUCUCCACAACUUGCUUCGUUUUGGCGAUUUCAUAACUCUCCUUCAUGUUUUCUCUCCUGCUAUGAACUCAUCAAGAAGCAAGAACAAGAUAAGGCUACUUCGCUUGAAAGGUUACCAAUUGGCUCUGUCAUUCAAAGAUAUAUGCAACAACUUCUUUAAUAUUCAUAUUGUACAGACAAACGUUGAGAUUAUUGUAACUGAAGGCGAUCGAGAGGGUGGAAAGAUUGCUGCUAUGGUGAGAGAAAUUGGUGCCUCUGCACUUGUUGUUGGACUCCAUGAUCGGAGUUUUCUAUACAAGUUGGCAAUGGCCCACAACAGUAUUGCAAACAGCUUCAGCUGCAGGGUACUGGCCAUCAAACCACCACCAUUGCCCCUGUGGAGGUCUACCUGUGCCAGGGCCAGCGCAGCACGAGCACCAGACAUUUCAAUCAGCAGCAUGGACUUCUCGCAGAUCGAGAUUGGUAGACCAUUAGAGUAAGUUGAAUCUUGACCAUUUCUAUAGUUUUCAAAUGCACGACUCCUCCAAUCCAUCCCUUAAAAUGCCCUCUCGUCAUAAU